AUGGCCUCCCGCAAGAACGCGCAGUCAACUGCUGCCGAAAUAUCUCUCGUACACCUGAAGAACUGCCUCGUGAAUCUUCCCUCCUCGCUCGUCUCUCUGCUCCUCAAUAUCAACACUCCGGUGCAAGAUGUGGUCGUCGAACUCAGCUACAGAGCGCUCGCUCCAAGCGGCUCGUCUCAAAGUAAUGGCACGCAGUCACAACGCUCAAUCUUUGUGGGCUGGACGGGCAUGCCGAGUAAACGCAAACUUGCAUCACUAGUUGGUCGCGAUGGCAUCAGUGCUUCCCGCACUGGUGGUAGGGACCAGGAAGUAGCCUCGGUUGAGAUAGAUGCUUCCUUGGCCGGGACUCUUGGACUACAGGAUGGCCAGAAGGUCAUGGCCAUCAUACAUGUUGAUCCGCCGCUCGCCCAUACUGUCAACAUUGAACCACUUACACCCGAGGACUGGGAGAUAAUAGAGCUGCACGCGACCUUUUUGGAACUUCACAUGCUCUCUCAGAUUCGCGCCCUCCCGAAUCCCCUCUAUAGCCCCGGUCAAGGACAGGCCCCUUCGCCUCAUCCCCUUACACUGCAUCUAUCGCCGACGUCCACGGCCAAUGUCAAGGUGCUAUCAUUAGAACCAGCACCAACCGCCGACACACCGUUUGUCAAGAUUGCGCCCAACGCCGAAGUCAUUGUCGCUCCCAAGACGCGAGCGAAGCCUUCCAAGACAAGCCGUGAAAGUCGAAGUGUUGGAGGUACAUCUAGAAGAAGUGGGAAAAGCUCCGCUAGCACUGCUAGGCGGAGGAGUCAGCGCGAAGAAAAGAAAGUGGCAUUGUUCCUCAGGGGUGUGGACAGAUAUUUGUGUGAUGAGUGGUUCGACGAAGAUGUUGACACAUCUGACCUGACUGUAUGGGUAGAUCGUGACCUGCUCUUGUCCAAGGAUUUCAGAGGAGUCAAUUAUGUUUCAGUCAAUGUGGUCAAGCCGGCUGGGCUGCAGCCACCAAUCGACCCUCAAAAGCAGCAGCAGGAAGCCGCCGCAAAUGCAGAGGCAGUAAAGUCCAGUGAAAAGGUUAUUGCAAACCUCCGUCCGUGGGAUGAUCUGCCCGACAGCCAGACUAUCACGUUGUCUUCCAAUUUGUGCGCAACACUGAAUUGCUCCGGCAUGGUUGGUGGAAUCAUCAAGAUCGAGCCGGCAUCUCAACCCAUCACGCGAAGUACCGUGCAAAGUCUCAAGAUCUAUCCUUACCAAACAGCCAGCUCUAGAAGCUCAGAGGGCUUGCGAUUCGGUGGCGAGUCCAAGUCUGAGAAGGAAGAGGCCGCAAAGACGAUCACACGUAUUUAUAGUGGUGCCAAAAGCCAAGGCUUCCUCUCCGGACCCUUGACCGAUGGCAUGGUGCUUCCGCUCAGCAAAGAUUUGGAAGCACCGCAAGGCUGGGAAGGAGGCGUCCUGAAGUUUGAUCCUCCCAUCAUUUCUACCGGCUCCAAAGAGCCAACGAGCUGGUGCUUGGGAUCCGACAAGUCCUUUCCACUUGAUGUUCAGCCGCCAAUAACCAAGCCGUCUGGAUCAGACGAGCUUGAGCAAACGGGCGGGGAUCUUGCUACUGAUUCAAUCCUCGUUGGCAUCGACACUUUGUUAACAGAAGUCAAGUCUCACCUAUCGCAUAUGUCCUCCAUAUUGUUGUCUGGCGCAUUGGGAUCCGGAAAAACAUCUGUUGCAAAGUCUGUGGGCGAGGACUUGCGUAAAGACUAUCUCUUCCACACCACCUACUUCCCUUGCAGGCGUCUGGUCAAUGACGAGAGCAGGAUAUCGACAAUCAAAGAGACACUCAACAGGGUUUUCAUGCGGGCUAGCUGGGGUGCGCGACUGGGCGGCAAGGCUAUUGUCAUCCUAGAUGAUCUCGACAAAUUAUGUCCUGCAGAGACAGAGCUCCAAGUAGGUAACGACAACGGACGAAGCCGUCAAAUCAGCGAGAUAAUCGUCUCCAUAGUCCGCCAGUACUGCACACGUGAGAGCAACGUGGUACUGCUCGCUACAGCACAGGGCAAGGAUUCGCUGAAUACCGUGAUUAUCGGUGGUCAUGUGGUGCGCGAGAUCGUUGAUCUGAAGGCCCCUGACAAGCACGGCCGGAGACGAGUGAUGGAAACUGUAGUCAAUCAAUAUACAGUUUCCCCUUCGUCGCUCGACAAGCAGGACUCGGACCACAGUCGCCCUACCACGGCAGAUGGCAGUGCGAGAAGUGCGGACGGCGAAGCGUGGAUGGAUGGUGGCAGUCAGCCAAGUAGAAGGGGCUCCGCCGCCAAUACGGCCUCGGACGGCUUUCUUCUAGAUCCCGAACUCGAUUUCCUCGACAUCGCUGGCGAGACCGAUGGUUACAUGCCAGGUGAUUUGAUAUUGCUAGUUGCAAGAGCUCGUAAUGAGGCCCUCAUACGCUCUGUCAGCGAGAACCCGUCCAACAAAUCGAUGGAUAUCGUGCAGCUUAGUCGAGUAGACUUUGACAAUGCUCUCAAAGGAUUCACACCAGCCUCCCUGCGAAAUGUAACACUACAGUCAUCGACCACGACCUUCUCCUCAAUCGGUGGACUAACAGAAACGCGGCGUAUCCUGCUGGAAACACUUCAAUACCCUACAAAAUACGCGCCCAUUUUUGCGCAAUGCCCCCUUCGACUACGCUCCGGACUGCUGCUGUAUGGAUUUCCUGGAUGCGGCAAAACCCUCUUGGCAUCAGCUGUCGCUGGCGAGUGUGGCCUCAAUUUCAUCAGUGUCAAGGGCCCGGAGAUUUUGAACAAGUACAUUGGAGCCUCCGAGAAGAGUGUGCGCGACUUAUUUGAAAGAGCAAGCGCGGCAAAGCCCUGUGUCCUCUUCUUCGACGAGUUCGAUUCGAUUGCACCAAAACGUGGCCAUGAUUCGACAGGUGUGACCGAUCGUGUGGUGAACCAGCUUCUGACUCAGAUGGAUGGCGCAGAAGGACUCAGUGGUGUUUACGUAUUGGCUGCUACCUCUCGUCCCGAUCUCAUUGAUCCAGCUUUGCUCAGACCUGGACGUCUGGACAAGAGUCUUCUGUGUGACUUUCCGGAUAUCGACGAAAGGAUAGACAUACUUCAGGCCCUGGCGUCAAAGGUCAAAAUGUCCCAAGAGGUCUUGGGCUCCCAGGAUGCACUCCGCGACCUGGGCCUCCGGACUGAAGGCUUUACUGGCGCCGACAUUCAAGCUCUGAUCAGUAAUGCUCAACUUGAAGCCAUCCACGAUGUCUUGAGCGAUGUGGACCUUCAACCGUCAAGCAAAUCUCGACCGUCUGCUGCAACGAAGGUGAAUCCUGCCGCGCAAUCGAGGAACUUUGUUCAAUUCCGUUACGGUGCCGAGGAGGCAAUGGCGGACGAGAAAGAACGGGCAGCAAAAGGUUACAACAGGUCGUCCGAGCUAGCUGAGAAUGCUGCCAUCGCUGCCAAGCUGCAAGAUAUCAAGCUUGCCAAGAGGAAAGCCAAGUACAUGCAGAAGGGCGCUGCCAACCUAACGAACGGCCACAACGCCGGCAAGGGAAACAAGAGUGAUGGGGCUGGGGAAGUCAUCAUAGGCUGGAAACACAUUAUCAAGGCGCUUGAAGGCACCAGGGCCAGUAUCAGCACUCAAGAGCGAAACCGACUUGAAAGAAUCUACCACGAGUUUGUGGUUGGUAGAAGUGGUGAGAUGCGAGAUGGCCAAGGUAGUAUGGAAAUUGGUGGCCGAAGUAGCCUUAUGUAG